UUUUUGGGAGCAGAGUACAAUGCGCUCUCCCGACUCAGGGGAAGUUUGCGGAGAAGUGUUUAACAGAGUUGAAGUUUACUCGGAUGCUGGUGUUGCCUUUUAUAUUUCCAAUUAGCCUCCAUUUUUCUUUCUUUUUCUCCCUUCUGCACCCUUUCUUUUUUUUUUUUUAAAUGACAAACGUGUGACCUCCACCAGUCGGUCGGUCGGUUAACCAGUCUGCUGCUGUCAGACUUUCCUUGACAUGGAUUUGUUGCACCGACGACGGACGGACUGAAAAGUUUGGGAAUAAACUUAUCCCGUCAACCACUGCGACGAAACGGAUCCAUUGCAGUAACUUUUUUAUUUAUUUUUUUAAAACAAGUUGUCUUUUUUUUUUUUUUUUUUUAAACUAAAGACAUGCAGAAGUUCAAUUCCUCCGGUACGCACGGGAACACGCUGCCCCGGGACGCGGAGCUCCAGCUGCGGUUGUCUGACGGUGGAGGGGCCGGGGACGGGAAGGAGAACGGCGGGGGGAAGCAUUUCCUCUCCCCGGCCGAGGAGGAGAGCUCGUUUUGCACCAAGAGGAAGAUGCUUGUCUGUUUGGAUGUAAUAUGCCUUUUUGUCGCCUCCAUCCCAUUCUUUGCGUGUGAAUUGAAGGCAGUGACUCCGUACGAGCGAGGCUUCUUCUGCGGCGACUCCAGCAUCACCUAUCCCUACGUGGCGAGAGAGGCCAUCCCUGACUACCUGCUCAUCGCUGGUGGUAUAGCCAUCACUGGUCUAACGAUUGCACUGGGCGAAUGCUACCGGGUGCGUUACCGAGGUGUCCACUCGCGGGCCUUUAUCCGUAACUGCUAUGUGUCGUGUCUGUACAAGGAGCUGGGGAGCUUCCUGUUUGGUUGCUGUGUGGGUCAGUCCCUCACCAACAUGGCCAAGCUAAGCGUGGGGCGCCUGCGACCCAACUUCCUCACCGUCUGCAACAUCACCUACGCGUCCAUCAACUGCGCACCGGGCAGCUACGUGUCCGAGGUGACCUGCCGGCAGCCUAAUGAGAAGAUGGUGGAGGAAGCAAGGAAGUCGUUUUUUUCCGGCCAUGCUUCCUUUGCAAUGUACACCAUGCUCUACUUGGCAUUCUACCUGCAGGCGCGGUUGUCGUGGCGAGGAGCUCGGCUGCUUCGCCCACUAAUACAGUUCCUCUUAUUGAUGAUCGCCGUCUACACCGGCCUGACCCGCAUCUCCGACUACCGCCACCACCCGACCGACGUCCUCACAGGCUUCAUCCAAGGAGGGCUCACUGCAUACUGGGUGGCCUUCUACAUCUCCUCCAUGUUUAAGCCCUGCGCCCGUUCGGACCUGUCCCCGACAAGCAUGUCCCUGGAUAGUCCACUGUCCAGCCAGCAAACUGUCUGUUAGCAGGGAACACGCAUUCAUUCCAUGAGUGGAAAGAAAGAUAAGAGAAGAUGGACUACAGAGGGUCAGGGAGAGAGUCAGAUAGCACAGGUGAGGAGCAGAGGGAAUCUCUCUAAGAGAAGGAUAUGAUUAAAGAGUACAAUCUAACAUAUUGCUCGCUCUUUUCUGGGGCAUACUGACACACAUACAUUCACACAGUACUCUAAUGUUCACACACUCACACAUGUGAAAUACAAGAAGCACAUUUGACUGUAAGUCAAACCCGUCCAGUGAAAAAAAACUACAUAGCAAUAUUACAGAUAUUUUUUUAUAUAUGAGAAAAGACAUUAAAAAAAUGUCAAUUUUUUUGAGAGGAUUCUUUAGAAGCUGCUAACGUUGAUAGUUUUCUUCUGUGAUGGAGGCUUUUGGUCAGUGCAGUUAGUUAGUUUUCAAAGCAGAACUGGUCAGUCUUUGGUCUUUUGGAUAGAAAGAGGAGAAAACGCAAGCCUCCUCCUUUGUUUUUGAUUUUGUGUUUGCCUUGGAAAACAUCACCCGGCAGCUGUGAACUGACACCAUAAGUCCUCAGAUGUAAAGACAGCUUUGUACUAAGUGAUACGGAACAAGCACUGGCUUCACCUUCUAAACCAUCCGCACCUUCUGAUGUGCCACUGCUAUAAUCAGACUGCCCUCCAUCGCUAUGACUAAAUAAAUAACCUGAACGCAAGCCAAGAACAAAAAACAGUAUUUGAGCUGUAAUACAAUGUUAUCUUUCUUUAUGUGUAACCAAGGUAGUGAUGGUUAGGACUCUGACAAAGUAACUUCCCUUUCUCACCACUACCAUCUUUCUGUACUAACCACUCUGACUGUGUCUUAGAGGUGGAGUUUUGACUGAAUUUUGUAACCUUUGACCUUUGCCCCCAUGGACUCCAAUCUCUGAGCUGCACCUUGAUUUAUGCCACUCAAAACAGGAGAGCCGACGUGGCGGCCCUCCUGUGCAUCUUUAUUAAUAGCACUUGAACGUACAUAAUGGAACCUUCUCAUUAUAAUCAAUAUUAUAUAUUUUAUCACAAGUUUGAAUAAUCAGUGUUUAUUUUUGUUUCAUGUCAGACUCAUACACUUGUUUUUUGCUUUUUUUUAUGAUAAUUAUUCAAAUUGAAUGUAAAUAGCCAGUUCAUUUUAUAAACCACACAGAAUUUCAAAAAGUAUUAGUUCCAGUUUUGGACAGUUUUUACAUGUUAAUUAAGUGUUUGUAUUUACGUUUGUGUCAAUCAGGUACGCAGAGUUACUAUUGUAUCUGUUGUAACUACUAGACUGAGCCACAGAUAUUAUCAGAAAGCUAUAUUUUAUGUGUUGCCAGUUAUUGGUAUUUGUUUGUUUUGUCUGUGAAUGCCAGAAAGGCAAAAAUAACCACUGUACUCAAAAAAACCAAACCAAUAAAAUGAAUGUUUGAAUGUU